CGGAUGUGAUCAAACUUGACAACUCCGGGAAUAAUCCACUGAUUUUUUUUGGCCCGCGAUUUUCCUUUUACCCUAACCUUUUUAUAACAACCCGUUUUAAAUUUCAUUUGCGACGACGGAGUCAAAACGGUUUCGUCUUCGUGUGGAGACCCUAGUCUCGUGUCCCCCAGAAACUCGCGACAUGGGGUACGAAGAAGUGGAUGUGUCGCGCAUCAUUUUCCGGGCGGUCCUAGUGGCCUCUCUUGCGGCCGGCAUCGUGACCAGCAGUUCUUUGGGAUAUACCACGAGUGACGUGGACUAUGGAGGUGAUAGCAUUAAUCGCAGGGACGUGACCGGCAAGUUUGGCACCGAAGUGAAAGGGAUAAAUGAACGGGAGGACAAGGACGGAAUUCUGGCUAAAAUCGUUGUUCAGGUACCUCUUGAUAGCGCGAAUGUCACUUCACCUUCAAAAAUUGAGGUGCGGUCUUCUGAAGAUAUUGUUCAGGUACCUCUUGACAGCAAAAAAGUCACUUUGCCUUCAAGAAUUUUUGAGGUGAGGUCUUCUGAAGACAAAAUCGAAGGAGAAUCUUCAUCAGAGGAUCAACUUUUUGCAGAGGAAAAAAAAGGUUCCUACAAUCUCAUGUUACCACGAAGUCUAUAUGCCAGCGCCGAAGAAGAAAGUGAAGAACCGUAUCCAAGUUAUUCUCAGGAUUAUCGAGGAGGAGAUAUGUACCGAGAGGAUUCUCGAGGAAGAGACAUGUAUGGAGAGGAUUCUCGAGGAAAUCAGCCUGGACCCUUAAAAUACAGCGAGCAAUUGGACAACGGUUAUGCUUCUAGAAGUUGGCCAAGCUAUCCUCCUGAUGAGCACUUUGACGAUGCUGAAGAAGAAGUAGAACACACAGAAAGUUACAAUGAGCCUGAGUCCGUGCGCAAUAAUAGAGCAUACGCCGGCGACAGAUAUGGCCCUCCUAGGCAUGCUGACUAUGAUGAGGGGAGCAUACUUUGACAAUUCGUACAGUUCCUCAAGCAGCCCUAACGAAUCAUACGGCAGGAUUGAGCGUACUUACGAUGAAUUUGGUUCGCAUUAUGAUAAUGAUAACUACGGCGCGAGGAGGAAUCCCUGGGGCGGUUGGAGUGGCCCACCUGGACUCACGCGCUUCUCCAGGACAAUCAGCCAAAGACCGAAUCAACCAAAGCGCAUCAUGCAUGUUCAGACCUGGGGAACAUACCGGGGAACUUCUAAUCCAUUUGGACCUAAUCGAGGGAUUUCCAACAAUUGGAGCAGGGGCAACUCAAUGCCUCCGU